UACCAAGCAGAGAAUGGAAAACCGGCAGAGUGUUAGCGAACGUGAUCGUGAUAGGACGUAAGUCUGGAACAGUUUAAUAAAUGAACAACUCUACAUUUGGCGCAGCCGGUAGGAUCGAGAGGAAGAACGGAAGAACAAUGGAAGACAAGAUGGAACAGCACUUCCAUUUGGAACCAUUUAACGAUGCCGUUGAUAGUUCGGCGUUGCGCCGUGAGUGGGAAGAGUGGCAUAGAUCAUGCGAGAUAGUCUUGGAGUUAAAGCAGACUGAAUCGCAACAUGAAAAGCUGCUUUUUAUGUUGGCCCGUGGAGGCAGAGGAUUGCAACGUAUCUACUAUAAUUUAGCACCUGUAGUGGGAGAAGUUGUCCCAGAUCCUCCUAAACCACCAAUGGCACCAAAAGAAAUUCCGGAGUAUGAUAACGCAGUUCAAAGGCUCAACGCGUUCUUUAUUGGAAAACGCAAUGAAAGGGUUGAGCUAGAGGUAUUCCGCGCGCUAAAACAAAAGCUCGAUGAACCCGUUAACCGCUACAUGCUACGUCUACAAACACAAGCGCGUAGUUGUGAUUUUGGUGCUCGUGAAGAAAAAGAAAUUCUUCAGCAAAUAACUGUUGGGGCUAGCGAUGAGCGAGUAAGAGACAAAGACCUGGAAGGAGUAAUGGAUUUGAACAAUCUGAUAAAUUAUGCGAUCAAUCGAGAAGUGCUAGUGAAACAAAAAGAAAAAUCUCAUCCCUUUAAGGGAGAAAACAGUGCGCUGGCUAUUAAUUAUACGGCGGAAAGGAAAACGUCAUCGACGGGGAACGAUUUUCGAGGACGAGAUUAGAGGACAGGUUAUAGACCUUCCCAGGAUUGCGGACGAUGCGGCUCAUGGAGGCAUCAAGCGAAGGACUGUCCGGCUAGAAAUUCUCGAUGCAACAAGUGUGGACAGUUGGGACACUUUGCAAGGAAGUGCACAGAAGGGCGAAAUAGGCGGACAACACAGGGAAUCAACCGGUACCGAUGGCAGAAACCGGAAGUGGCUAAUGCAUUGUGUAAUGAAUCGCCCCCGGC